UCCCCCUUCCCCCGGUACGAGGACGACGCGCGCAUCGGCCCCGACGACGACCACCGGCCGCCCCUGCCCGCCGCCGCCGGCGGGAACCCUCUCUGCCUUCAACGGACGCGGCCGUCCUCUCGGGCUAGCCUCUGGUGAAUUUUACUAUCCAAGAAAUAGAGAAGCAUGAGCUACUUCACUUGCAAGCCAAACAGUGGGCUUAUUGUUGACAGGCCCAUAGCAGGUCUUGGGAGGAACUGUAAAUUACUUCCUCACCCUCAAUAUUCGCUAAGGCCACAGUCUGUUCGAUUUGCCAAGCUUCAAAAGCAGGUGUACCCACGACUUGUUCUAGUUGCUGCUAGCCAGAAAAGGCUCACUCCUCUAUGUGCCUCAAGCGGAAAGGUGAAUCCAGAGGCAGACAAUGAUCCCUUUAUGGAGUCUUUGAAGAAGGCUAUGGACGAUGCCAAAAAGCCACGGCCCAUACAGGACUUGCUGAAAGAACAAAUAGCUAAGCUGAGAGAACAGGGAUCUGGUGGAGGUGGAGGAAACAGAAACCGUCGUGGAGGCAGUGGCGAUUCUGGUGGUCCGGAAGAUGAAUCAUUCAAGGAAUCAUUGGAUGAAUUAGUCCAAGUUAUCUUAGCAACCGUUGCAUUCAUACUUGUGUACAUCCAUAUAAUCAGAGGUGAGGAGCUGUAUCGCCUCGCCAGGGACUACACCAGAUAUCUUGUUACUGGCAAGCGGACAGCUCGACUGAAGCGUGCCCUGCAAAAAUGGCGCAAUUUCUCGGAGGGAUUUAUGCAAAGUGAAGGUUCACAAGAAGACCAGUACGAAAGAGCAGCUACCUCCAAACCAACUUGGUGGCAACAACCUCAAAAGUUUGUUCAUCUUAUGGAGGAACUUUGCCGAGGAAAUUGGCGCCCGCAUGCCCAGGAGUCUUAGCUCAGGUGUCCCUUGUUCCUUUUUGGCCUUCUGAUGAAGCACAUGGAUGUGGGGGCGAGUACUGUUUGCAUGGCUGUGCAAUGAGCUACCUGGAAUCUGGAUACCGUUACUUGACUGGGGCAGUGAUUUGUUCUUCUUUGUUCGUUAAUGCGUAUUUUCUACGGUGGUUAUGCAUUAAAUUGUGGCAAUUUUGUAGUUGAUGAAAUCGCAUAUAUAAGCUAGCCGGCAUCUCAUAUGCGGAUGACAAAUUGUAGAUUAUGUUGGUCCGGUGAAGCUCAGCUGGUUUCACUGCAUUUUGGCUGGUUUCUUUUGCAUUGGAAUGUAGCGGGUCACCCUUGUCAUCGUGGCUCCAAAUGUAUCAUCUUCAAUGGAAAACGACUAAGUACAGAAGUAUAAAGUACAACUUCACUGGAGAGAA